UGAGUAGAAGAACAACCACAGAUAAGGUUCAUUUUCUCGCGUUUUCCCUCUCUUUCCCGGAAAAUCCGCGAUCUUGAAGAAUACCCAGUUACGAUAAGGCACCAGCGAACAAAACCCAGUGAAGUUUUUAGCGGAUUAGACGUAAAUUCGAGUUCUUUCUUUAACGUUUUGAUGAUUUUUUCCCCGGAGUCUGCAUGAGUUGGAAGGAAUCCAGAAGGAAGAAGAAUUACGGGUCCUUCAAGUUCUAUCACUUGAAGAAGGAAGAGGAGAGUAAGAUUUCGGGAUGGUUGCUUCCAUGGCUUUGCUCCGGCGAUCGCCGUCUUUCGAUUUUCUGUUCGAUUUUCCAGUCCAGAAGAGAACUUCUCUAUCGCCAGCGGCUUCUGCUCGAAUCUGCCCUCCCUUCCCUUCUUGCAGAUGGUCGUGUCUGAAAUCAACUUUGAAUUCUCGCAGGUUACAUAGCUUUAGCUCAAGGUGUUCAAUAAUAAAUACAGAUGUAUGUCAUGGCCAUAUCACUACUGAUGACAAAGUCCACGAAGAUUUGCCAACUCCUGCAGAGGAUCAUGUGGUUCCAAUCGUUCAUCUCGAUAAUGAUAUCCCCAUAGCUGAAUCUCUGAGCUUGCUCACCGAAUGCACAUAUGUAGACACCCUUUUGACGGCAUUGCCUGUAUUGUCGGAGGAGGAGCAGAAUGUGCUUGCAGCCACUCCAGCUCAUCCGGAAGGACUAUAUGUCUUGUAUGCUAGCUGUUUGGUUGGGAAUUUGGUUGAACAACUUUGGAAUUUCGCCUGGCCAUCCGCCAUUGCACUGCUUCAUCCAAGCCUACUACCUGUAGCAGUCAUUGGCUUCUUUACCAAAGUGGCAAUAAUUAUUGGAGGUCCAGUGGUUGGGAAAUUUAUGGAUCAUAGUCCCAGGGUUCCCACGUAUAUUUCAUUGAAUGUCGUCCAGGCAACCGCACAAGUGCUAUCUGCUGGAAUGAUAAUUCAUGCAUACACCGCACCUUCAACAUUUGCAUCGUCAUUUCUUCUUCGGCCCUGGUUUUCCGCAUUGGUACUUGCUGGGGCAGUAGACAGGUUAUGUGGAAUAGCAUCAGGAGUUGCUAUAGAGCGUGACUGGGUUGUACUGUUGGCUGGCAUAAAUAGACCAAUUGCUCUGGCACAAGCAAAUGCCGUUCUCAACCGGAUUGAUCUGCUCUGUGAGAUUGCUGGAACCAUGUUAUUUGGCAUUCUCUUGUCCAAAUACGACCCUGUGACCUGCUUAAAAUUUGCUGCUACACUAAUGAUGGGAUCGUUGCCUAUCAUGACAGGUCUCAUAUGGCUAACCAACAAACUGUCUUCUGGAGUUCUUGACCGUUCCAAAUGCUCACAGAGCUGCUGCAAUGAAGGAACUCUUUCUGAUGUUGUCGGCAUUAUUAAUACUGGCAUGGAAGCUAUCAAGUUGGGAUGGAAGGAAUAUAUCCAGCAGCCGGUUCUACCUGCAAGCCUCGCAUAUGUUCUUCUUUACUUCAACAUUGUGCUCACUCCGGGUAGUUUGAUGACUGCAUUUCUAACACAACGUGGUGUGAACCCAUCAGUUAUUGGGGGCUUCAGUGGAUUGUGUGCCUUUAUGGGCGUUGCUGCGACCUUCUUGUCAUCAAACUUGGUCAAGCGAUUCGGCAUUCUAAAGGCAGGGGCGAUGGGACUGUUUUUCCAAGCUUCGCUCCUGGGUGUGGCAGUUGCGGUGUAUUGGAGCUCUUCUCUGUCUAACAAAAGCCCUCUUCUCUUCUUCUUGUGUAUGAUCGUGUUAUCAAGGUUAGGGCACAUGUCGUAUGAUGUAGUGGGAGCCCAGAUCCUUCAAACCGGAAUACCAUCCUCGAAAGCGAACCUCAUCGGUGCAACAGAGAUUUCGGUGGCGAGUUUAGCGGAAUCGGUGAUGCUCGGGUUGGCCAUAAUCGCAAACGACCCUUCCCAUUUCAGGUUCCUCGCCGUUUUAUCGCUGUUUUCAGUCGUCGGGGCAACGGCCAUCUUCUGCAGAUUGCUGAGGAACCCGACGGAAGAACAAAGACGGCUCUUCGCUCUCAAUCCUCUGUCGAACUCGUAAGAGAAAAUAAAAAUAUCUCUGUAUAGCAGUCUCCAUGUAUAAAGUUAUUACAUUACAUUUUGAGUUUUUCAGACACUGAGUCUGUGUUACUGUAUAGCUCUCUCCAGCAACAUUCAUCUAAGUGUACGCAUUUUUAUUAAAAACAAAACCCCAGGAAAUUCUGGGGAUAAGAUUGUUCGGGUCAGAGAUAAGUUUAACCGGGGAUAGCUUAA